AAAUCGCUCUCCCGCUCGCGCGAUUCGUUCCCCGGGGUUAUAAAGUAAUGCGCCGUCGAGGGGAACGCACGGAAUCGGGCCUGCGAGACACACCGCGCUGCGAUGCCCUACAUGCUGACGAUGGCUGACGAAAUACCGAGGGAUACGUUGCUGAAUCGCGUGAGGGAGCAGGGCGAGGUGGUGCGACGGCUGAAAGCCGCGAAGGCCGAUAACACGCAGGAAUACAGAGAGCAGUCUGAUAUAAAUGUUGAGUUAGAAAGCUUGAACGAUGAUCUUGCGGAUGUCAGCUACGUGUGCGGUUGGUGGCCAACGUCCAAGGACGCCGAACUGUACGACACGUUGCGCGUCGUCGUCCUUAACGACGAGCUUGCAAGGUGGCCGCAUCUGAACAGGUGGCACAUUAACAUGAAAAGCUUUACUCGGGAAGAGCGCCUGGCGUUUCCCGCUGUGGAAGCGCCGCUCGCUUCCCUGGCGGAAAAGCUCGAGCGGUUAAAGAGCACUCGCUAUAUUAGCAAAGAUACGCUAGACAAAAAGAUAGCGGAGGAAGUUGCCAAGUUGUUGGACCUGAAAGCACAAUUGGGAGAGGAGAAUGGUUGCUCUCACAAACUCAUCCUCAAAACGCCGAAAGGCACGAGGGAUUAUAAUCCGGAGCAAAUGGCGCUGCGACUGGGAGUGCUGGAGAAAAUAAUAUCAGUAUUCAAGCGUCACGGCGCUGAGACGAUAGAUACGCCUGUAUUCGAGCUGAAAGAUGUCUUAACGGGCAAAUACGGUGAAGACUCCAAGCUCAUCUAUGACCUGAAGGACCAGGGUGGUGAGAUCCUCGCACUUAGAUACGAUUUGACAGUUCCUUUCGCGAGGUAUCUGGCCAUGAGCAAGAUCUCUUCCAUUAAAAGAUAUCACAUUGCCAAGGUCUACCGGAGAGAUAACCCAGCUACGACGAAAGGCAGAUAUAGGGAAUUUUAUCAAUGUGAUUUCGAUAUCGCCGGCCAGUACGAUCCAAUGCUACCGGAUGUAGAGUGCAUCCGGGUUGUGUGCGAAGCGUUGGAAGUCUUGAACCUGGGACCCUACUUAAUUAAGCUGAAUCAUAGGUCUUUGCUGGAUGGCAUAUUCGCUGCGUGCGGCGUGCCGCAGAGUAAAUUCCGCAGUAUCUGUUCCGCCGUAGACAAGCUGGACAAGAGCCCGUGGGAAGAGGUGAAGAAAGAGAUGAUAGACGAGAAAGGAUUGGACGAGCAUAUCGCCGAUAAGGUCGGCAAGUACGUCUCGCAGUCCGGUGGAGUGGAACUGAUAGCCGAAUUGAGAAAAGACAAAGAGCUGAUGAAACAGUCUGUCGCUGUGCAAGGUUUAGACUCCAUGGAACUGUUGCUAAAGUACUGCGGCAUCUACAAAAUUCUGGACAAAAUUAAGUUUGAUUUGAGUCUCGCGAGAGGUCUCGAUUACUACACGGGUGUUAUCUACGAAGCUAUAUUGUGCGGAGACGAUGUCGGUGUUGGUAGCGUAGCAGGCGGUGGCCGUUACGAUAAUUUAGUGGGAAUGUUCGACAGCAAAAACAAAAAUGUACCCUGUGUCGGCGUGUCGGUGGGUGUGGAGCGAAUAUUCAGUGUUAUGGAGGCGAAAUUGGCGAAUAAGGGCCUAAAAACGCGUACCGCCGAGAUCGAGGUGUUUGUGGCGAGCGCACAGAAGAAUCUGCACGAGGAGAGGAUGAAGAUACUAGUGGAUCUGUGGGAAGCCGGCGUGAAGGCGGAACAGUCCUACAAGAAGAACGCCAAGCUCCUGGCGCAAUUGCAGCACUGCGAGGAGAACGGCAUCCCGCUGGCACUAAUCGUCGGAGAAGGCGAGCUGGCGAAAGGUGAAGUUACGCUGAGAGUCGUCUCGACGCGAGAGGAGACUCGCGUGCCACGUAGCAACCUUAUCAAGGAAAUACGGAGGCAGUUAAAAACGUUAUCGUAGCAUCCUUGUAUAAGUUCUCCUCACCGUCGCGAGAUCGACAUCAGUACAAGAAAAUAUUUAUAUCGCAUUUAGUUUCAUUUUGAUCCGCAUGCCGGGAAAAGUUUAUUUAUUAGAUUUUGCAUAAAUUUAUUUGUAUUAUUUCACACGACGUGCUAACGCGCGCGCAACCGUGAUAAACUCUUUGUAACCGAUAGACGCUAACUGUGAAGUCGUACGACAAGUGAACGCACGAGGAAGUGUAAACGACGCUCUUAUAACGACGCUGUAAACUACACUUACUACGUGAGCAUGUAGACAAUUUUCACAUGAAUAAUCCUUUAACUGAAUUUCUCCGGAUGAAAUCUGGAAUUUAACUGGUAAUAAUUCACAGCUUUGAGCUACCGCUCGAGAAACCAAAUACAUCUUUAUAAUUUAUUUUGCAAGGACCUGUCAAUAAAAUGUUAUAAAUUUCGUAAAAAAAACGUCUCUCGUUCCUUUAUUUAUUACAUUUAAACAUUUUAAGAUUUAGCGGAAUAAAUAUGAUCGCGCGAAUGGCUGUGAUAAAUGUCCAAGUCACAAGAUCGCAGCUGCCAAUGUUUGAAUUGCGAUACGAAAUAUUAAUCCGUAAAUUACUUCGAUUGUUUGACAUGAUUUACGUCCUAACUUAAUAAAUUCUCGAAUCGAUGAAUUUUAAUUCAAUAGAAAAUAUUUUUAAUAUUUCUAUUUACAUAAUAUCUACGUUUUCUAAGUAAUUUGUUUAACUAUUAGUUUGUUAAAUUAAGGAUAUAUAUGUCUUACUCAUUAUAUCACAGUCUUCUCUUAUCAAGUUUAAAUUAAAAUCUAAUAACUUACGUAUUUUAUAAUUUACUUACAUUUCUAAUAAUUAUCAUUAUACUAGCGUUAUCUAGUAUCUUAUAAAAUAGAUUUCUCUUAGAAAAUGCUACAAAUUGGACUAGUCUGAAAAAUUAGAUACUUGUAUACAUUGAUACAGACAACCUUUCACAAAGCUGAUCGCCUUAUUGUUAAAUGACAUUGCCUGGAAUUUUCAUAUAAAUGCAUUUAAAAUUAUACUUCUUUUAUCUACAGUGUUUCUUGAUAAAUUAUGCAUCGUUUUGAAGCGAAACACGAAUUUGUUAAUUACUGUAAAAAGUUCUUGUACUAGCAUAUAUGGGAUAAAAUAAUAAUUUUUUGUACAUGCAAUAUAUGUAGUGGAAUUGAAAAUUUCUAAUGGGCAAGAUUCCCGUCUUACGCGUAAGUUUCAGUAAUUCGGAAAAAAUUCGUUUUGCGAAAAUGUAGAGUCAAUCUUUUUUUAACAAAAAUUAUAGUUAAAUUCAUAAAUAGCGUUUAUAUAUCUUAAAAACUGUUAGUAUCUCGAUAUUUUUGCUAACAAAACUUGACUCCAAAUUUCUCUGUCUUUAAAAUAAAAUAAAACAGUUUCUUUAAUCGUUA